UAAUAAUUUAAUUUAACUAAAAUAAUAAUCUAAUUUUGAGUAUUCACAGAGUAGUCUUAUAAUCUUAACUCACAAGUCAAGAAUCUCAAGAUCUACCAGAUAUAGAUUUUAGAUCUAGAUAGAUCUAUAUGUUCUAGAUCUAUAAGUAUAGAUUUAGAAUCUGGAUGUACUAGACUAGAUCUACUCACUUCAGACAGUGUCAGUCACUGAGUCAGUGCGACAGUGGUGGUCACAACUGACAUAACUCACUGUUGUCACUGUUGACUGUUGUGUUAUCACUCACUCACUCAUUCACUAACUUAGUCAAAGGCAUACACAUGUACGAAUUGUGGCAAAGUCUGCCGUUCUAGAAUUGGCUUGAUUAGCCACACCAGAUUCUGUCCGUCUCAAGAUUAAGCCAAAACCAGUGACUCAUUUGGGCGCAUCCAUUGCCUUUCGAGACAAAAGGUUUGAGGAUUCUCUAAAAUAUGAAUAGAUCCAAGUUGCAGUCUUGAUUAAAUAGGAUUUAUGUAUGGAAAGAUCUGUGCUUUACUACAAUAAAUGAAAAUGUUUUUGUAAUGUGUGUUACGUACAUAGUCCCUAGAACCUGCCAAUGUACUUUGAUUAAAGUAAAAUAGAAUUCAUUAGAAAUGAGUUCAAGUUCGAAAAAGAGCCCUGACAAACCUAACUCUUCAGACCUUGAAGUAAGAGAUGUUGUUUCUGGCAAACGUUGUCAUCCUGACCCUGACCCUGAAGUCAGUGAUGUGGUCCCUGCGAAAAUUCAGAAACUAGAGGUCUCUGAAGGUAACUAUGAAAAGACAGGAAACACUUCAACCGCACCAGUCUUGGCAUCAGUCACAAGUCAUGGUAAGAAACGUGCAGGAGAGAAGUCAUUAAAAUCAGCACCAGUACCCUUGAAAGUCUUGAAAUUGGAUGAGAAUGGUUUGGCUGAUCAACGUCAAGAAAAAAAGCAUAUUCGGAAAAGAAUGAAAGCAUUAUUUCAGUCCAUUGUUGAUCAGAUGGAGUUCUAUUUCAGCGAUGCUAAUCUUCUUAAAGAUCGUUUUAUGAAAAGUUUACUUGAGAAGUCUCCUGAUGGAUAUAUUGAUCUCUCUGUAUUCAGCAACUUUAAUAAACUUCAGUCACUAGAUAAAGAUGGUAUAAGUCAAACAGUUUUAGCCAAAGCACUUAGAAACUCAAAGAUACUAAAGUUGAAUGAAAGUGAGAGUAAAGUGAAGAGAGUAACUCCCCUUGUUGAGCUCAGCCAGGAGGACAUUGACAACAGAACAGUUUAUGUGGAAGAUAUUCCCUCCAAUGCCACUCAUGCUUGGGUUAAAAAUGUAUUCUCAAAAUGUGGUAAAGUGGUCUAUAUCAGUCUACCAGUUUACAAGUCUACAAAACAAAUCAAGGAGUUUGCUUUUGUUGAGUUUGAUACUCCAGAGGAGGCUGCUCGGGCUUGCCAGCUUUUAAACAAUCCACUUCCAUCCAAAGUUGUGGAGAAACCUGGCAAGUUUCCAAAGGGAAAUAAAGAUUUAAAUAGAUUACAUAAGGUGUUACCUUCAGACUAUAUGAAUGGCAGUAACAAGUCCUCUAAGGAAUCCCAGCCUGCCUCAGAGCCAGUGGCUGAACAACCUGCUGAUGCCAGUGAACAACUCAGUACUAAGAAGAAGAAGAAAUCUAAAAAGAAAAAAAUUGUGGAAGAAACUACCAAGGGCACUUCUGGCAGCCAAGCAGUUCAAGUUCAAGGUUCCAAAAAGAAGAAAAAGAAGAAGAAAAAGAAAGGGCCUGCAGAAGAGACUUUGGUUGCAGAUGAUGUCAAAAAUGAAAAUAUGGAUGAAAGCACAGAGGCUCACCAAAGCACAGAGGCUCACCAAAACACAGAGGCUCACCAAAACACAGAGGCUCACCAAAGCACAGAGGCUCAACAAAGCACAGAGGCUCAGCUCAGCAAAGAUUCAGAGGAAGUGACUGUUGAUGGGCAGGACAGAGCAAAGGAAAAGCCUGAUACUGGUUUGGAUGGAACUGAAGUAAAACAUUGUUUGGAAAAGGCAAAAGAGCCUGAAGACGUUGAUUCCAUUCCGGGGAAAGAAAGUAUUGAGACAGACAGAUUAGAUGAAACGCCAACCAUUCAUCAAGAAACAAAUCCUAUCGCCAACUUCGAAACAAAGUCCGAGGAUGGGGAGGAACAAAAGAGAAAGAAAAAGAAGAAAAAGAAAAGGAAGCUAGAAAAAGAAAAUGCCGACAAUGUUGAAACUGUUCCUGAAGUUGCUGCAGAAAAUAAAAAACUGAGUAGAAAAGAACGAAAACGUCUAAGACAGGAAGAUAUCCGCUUGAAGAAAUCUUGUGGAUUGGUCAAGUCAACCUCAGCGGUUGAGAUCUUACUAGACACAUCUCAGGAGGAUAUUGACAAGAGUGGAUUGGAUGAAAGUUCAAGGUCAGAGGUUGCAGACAAGGAAACAGACAAUACAGCAGAGCUACAGGUCAAAAGUGAAAGGGCAGAGAUUACAUCCAUUCUGAAAAUGAAAAAAGGUCAGGAGAGGAAAAAAGUUGAGUUUGACCCUGUGGCUGUGACAACUGAGUUUCUGAAAGGGAGAGAAAUCAGGAAGAGAAAGAAGGCAAAGAAAGGCGCAUUACAUUUGAGAGUUAUCUCCAAAAAAGAUUGGCUGUCACUCAAAGCUGAGUACAUCUCACAGCAGAAAUCUCAUAUGGCUGCCUUGAAAGAAUCUCUCCGAGAACUGCGACAACAAGAAAGUCAAGGUCAAGAAGGAAAUAAGCAUGUUGAUCUGGAAGAUGUUUUUGGUAACAAGCGACUGAAGACAAGCCACGAGGUCAAAAUGGCGCAUGUUGAGAAUCUGAAGUUUAUUCCUAACGUAAUUGUGCAGUGGAAGUGCUCUCAUGAUGUCCAUAGAGAUAAAAUUAAGACAAUGUUCAAAGAGAUCAGUGGAGACAGCAUUGCUUACAUUGAUGCCAUGGAGGAGGCUAAAACUGGAUACAUUCGCUUUAAAGAUGAAACAAGUGCAGAAGAGUUUGCCAAAAUGUCCAGGCAAUCCACAUCUUUUAUGGCCAGAGUUUUGCCAAUGGAUCAGCAAGAAGCUUACUGGACUAAAGCCAAUGAAGAUAGACUGAAGAAACUGGCUGGAAGAAAGAAAGAGAAAGGGGCUGAUAAGAUUGCCAGAAAAGUGUUUGAAAGAAACAAAGAAACAUUUCAUCACAAACCAACCAGAAUUGUAUUUGCUGACGAUGAGGCAGGAGAUGGGAGUGCCCCUGUGGUAAAGAAAGACAACCCUACAGACUCUGUUUCUACUGACUAAUCCAAAGAUGUUUGAAGCAAGCCAGACACUGGGAGGGAAAUAGGGCUUUAAAUCAUUGCAGCGACUGAAUCAUGGAAAUGAUAUUCAACUGCAGUCACAAGGAGACGCUGACAUAUAAAACUGCCUACAAUUUUUUGAUGCAUACAGACACUUCUUAUGUUUUUAUUUUUGUUGAUGAAUUGGUCUAGAGUUUGAUCACUAAUAUGCCAUCUUUCAGAAGAUUUAAACCAGGUUGGAACAUUCUUCAUUUAUGAAGGAUUAACUGAAACUCAUGAAACUAAAUUAAGAAAAAAGAAAUUAAGUUUUGAAACUCACAGAAAUGUUCAGUCUGUUCUCACUAAUUACUGUGGGGCCAAUCAGAUCUGAGUAGAAUAUAUUAGUUACAUAAUUGAUUGUUCUAAUUGUUAUUUCAGUCUAAGAGACACUAGUUGCGUGUUGCACAUUACUUUGGUCGGUCAACUUGAGUUCAAUCCAUCCAAAAAUAUUUUGGUCAACCUAAAUCUACUGUAGUGAAUCAGACUUAGAUCAGACUUUGAUCGGCUUGACAUGAUUUGAAUGUGAAACAGUGACUCGAUUCAUGUGUAGUGUGACAUGAUUUGAAUGUGAAACAGUGACUCGAUUCAUGUGUAGUGUGACAUGAUUUGAAUGUGACAUUUAGUUUUCCUGUCGGCUCAACUUUCAGACUUGUUCAUUAAGUUUCUUGUUAAUGUAAUUGUUGUUAUAAAAAAAAAUAAAAGUCCAUUUUUACCUAAUGAAACAA